GCAAAAAAAAUAAAUCAUAACAUAACAAUUCUCAAAUAAUAAUUAACUACCAUAUAUAUAUAUUCUCUAAUCAAAUUAAUUAAACAAUAAUAAAAAUUAUUGUCAAUAAAAUUAAAUAUCACAUGUAUAAUAAAUAAAUAAUCGUGAUAUUUGGGUUUUAUUUUUUUUUUCUUUAAGAGAAUCUUGAUAUUUCUUUUGAAUAUUAUAUAUCAUUUUUAAAUGUGAUAUAAUUGCAAUAGGUAAUAGUGUUAUAAUAAUUUUUUUUAUUUAAAAAGAAAAACUAUAAUAGAAAGAUAAUUUUUUUUUAAGAUAUGUAGAUUAGAUUAAAAAAAAUUAAAUUUAAAUUACAAUAUUAAAAAAAUAUAUUUUAUUUUUUAUAAGCACGUAUACAAAAUAAAAAAGAUAUAUGUAAUAUAUUUAAAUUUUAGUUGUAAUGUUUGAAAAAAAAAAAAGAUAACACAUUCUCUUAUAUAAUCCCAAUCAACAUAUAUUAUACUUACAAUUAAUAUUAUUUUCGAACAUAUAUAUAUAUAAUAGGGUUCAAUUCACACUAUCAAAGCAAGCCUGGCCCAUCUGAUUCAAAAAAAUAUAGUAUAUAUACUUUCGAAAUAUUUACAUAAAGAAAAAAAAGAGGGAAGCCAUUGCCAUGGGAGAAAGCUUGAUUUGGAAACAAGAAGAUGAAGAUAAUUUGGAAAAGGGUUUGUUAGAAAAUGAGAAAAGAGAGGAGAAAGUUGAGUUCUUUAGGGAUUUUAUUAAAGAAUUGAAGCUGUUAGGUUACAUUGCAGGUCCUAUGGUGGCUGUGAAUUUAUCACUUUAUUUUCUACAAAUAAUUUCUCUUAUGAUGGUUGGUCAUCUUGGUAAGCUUUAUCUUUCAAGUACUGCCGUAGCUAUCUCCAUUGGUGCUGUUUCUGGCUUCAGUUUACUUUUUGGAAUGUCUGGUGCAUUGGAAACUCUCUCUGGACAAGCAUAUGGAGCAAAGCAAUAUCGAAAACUCGGGACUCAAACCAACACUGCAAUUCUUUGCCUCAUUUUAGUAUGUAUCCCUCUAUCUCUAAUAUGGUUCUACAUGGAAAAUAUCCUUAUAGUCAUUGGCCAAAACCCCAAUAUUUCAAGACAAGCAGGCCAAUUCUUGUUAUGGCUUAUCCCAGCACUUUUCGCUUAUGCAACACUUCAACCGCUCAUUCGCUAUUUUCAAUCACAAAGCUUGAUUAAACCCUUGCUAGUGAGCUCAUGUGUUUCGAUUUCUUGUCAUGUUCCUCUUUGUUGGACCUUAGUAUUCAAGUGUGGAUUACAACAUUGUGGAGCUGCAAUAUCUAUUGGUAUUUCAUAUUGGUUGAAUGUGAUUUUACUCCUUUUGUACAUGACAUUUUCUUCUACAUGUGAAAGUACCCGAGUUCCAAUUUCUUCUGAGCUCUUUCAAGGAUGCGGAGAGUUCUUUCGCCUUGCUAUUCCUUCUGCUGCUAUGAGCUGCCUCGAGUGGUGGUCUUUCGAGAUAAUUACCUUGUUGUCUGGUCUUCUCUCGAAUCCUCAGCUCGAAACCUCUGUUUUAUCUGUUUGUAUGUCUACAAUUUCUACACUCUAUACAAUACCAGAAGGACUUGGUUCAGCUGGAAGCACUAGAGUUUCGAAUGAAUUAGGUGCAGGCAAACCAAGAGCAGCUCGUCUCGCAGUUGGUGCUGUCAUGUUUCUUUCCGUCUCAGAAUCCAUUAUUGUAAGCUCAGCUCUAUUUGCUGGCCGAAAAGCUUUCGGUUACUUCUUUACCAAUGACAAGGAAGUUGUGGAUUAUGCCAUGAACAUGGCUCCUCUAGUUUGUCUAUCUGUCAUAUUCGACAGUUUACAUGCCACUCUUUCAGGCAUUGCUAGAGGGUGUGGAUGGCAAGAUUUGGGGGCAUAUGUGAAUCUUGGAGCAUACUAUUUGGUGGGAAUUCCGGUUGCUGCAGCAUUGGGUUUUCGGUUUGAUUUAAGAGGAAAAGGCCUUUGGAUUGGAAUCAUAAUUGGUUCUUUCUUACAAGCAUUUUUGCUUUCUUUGAUAGCAAUAUGUACCAAUUGGAAUGAAAAGGCAAAAAUGGCAAGGAAGAGGGUGUUUGAGGAAAUAUUUGAGGAGAGUACUACUUCACUAGUGUAGGGUUUCUUGGCUUGGAGUUGAAGUAAUUUUUGUUAUUUAACCAAAAAAAUAAUUAUGAGAAUUUUUUUGGUACCAUUUUUUAAUUUAUUUGGCUAUGUAUUUUAGUAGCCCUACAUGAAGGUAUUCCUUCAUCAAUUUUGGCUCUUUCUUUGUCUUAUAAUAAUUUUUUUAUUAGGUACUCAAAAUGACAUGAAUAAUCAUUUGAGUUAUUCU